AGACUGCCCUAUUACUCAGCUCCAAUUCACAUACGUACCAGCUACCAGCCAGAUAAUUAAUAAGAACCAGUACCUAUACUGAGACAGCAGGAAUUGAGUUGGACCAUGAAGCUGCAGAUACCUAACCCGGGCCUGGAUGAUCGGAUCUUGAGCCAUGACCAGCUGGAAAAGCUGGAGAUUGAGGAAGCAGGGGAGAGGCCUCAAUGGGACAACAAAGCCCAAUAUAUGCUGACAUGUGUGGGCUUCUGUGUGGGGCUCGGUAACGUCUGGCGCUUCCCCUACCUGUGUCAGAGCCAUGGGGGAGGGGCCUUUAUGAUUCCUUUCCUGAUCCUGCUGGUGUUUGAAGGGGUUCCUCUUCUUCACCUAGAGUUCGCUAUUGGACAGCGCCUGAGGAAAGGCAGUGUGGGGGUCUGGAAGACCAUUAGCCCUUACAUGAUAGGAGUAGGAAUUGCGUCCAUGUGUGUGUCCCUGUUGGUCAGCCUCUACUACAAUACUAUAAUCGCCUGGGUCAUGUGGUACUUCUUUAACUCGUUCCAGGACCCGCUACCUUGGAGCCAGUGCCCCAUCAAUGCAAACAGAACAGGUAUGGUGUCAGAAUGUGAGAGGAGCUCCCCUGUGGAUUAUUUCUGGUACAGGAAGACCCUGGACAUAACUCCAACCAUAGACGAAUCAGGAGGACUGCAGUGGUGGAUGGUACUGUGUCUAAUUUCAGCCUGGGCUGUACUCUAUGUCUGCUGUGUCCGUGGAAUAGAGACCACUGGCAAGGCAGUAUAUGUGACCUCCACAUUACCCUAUGUGGUUCUCACCAUUUUCCUAAUCAGAGGACUUACUCUGAAAGGCUCCUUCGAGGGAAUUAAAUUUCUUUUUACACCAGAUCUCACUGAGUUAGCAAACCCAGCGACCUGGCUGGAUGCAGGCGCUCAAGUAUUCUAUUCCUUCUCUCUGGCGUUUGGUGGCCUCAUCUCCUUUUCCAGCUACAACUCAGUACAUAACAACUGUGAGCAGGAUGCUGUGAUCAUCUCCACCAUCAACGCCUUCACCUCAGUCUUUGCUGCCACUGUAAUCUACACCAUUAUCGGUUUCAGAGCCACGGAGAGAUAUGACGACUGUCUGGCAACAAACAUUAUGUCUUUGCUGAACACCUUUGACCUGCCAGAAGCAAACAUCACUGAAAGUAACUACGAUCAAGUUUUUAAAGAGCUUAAUACCACGUACCCCGAUGUCAUUCAGGGUCUAAAUCUUAAGACCUGUGACCUGAAUAAAUUCCUCAGUGAGGGUGUGGAGGGCACAGGCCUGGCCUUCAUUGUCUUCACAGAGGCCAUCACCAAGAUGCCCUUGUCUCCACUGUGGUCCGUCCUUUUCUUUGUCAUGCUCUUCUGCCUUGGCCUGUCCUCCAUGUUUGGAAACAUUGAAGGAGUCCUGGUGCCUUUGCAGGACUUAAAGGUCUUCCCCAAACACUGGCCUAAAGAAGUGACCUCAGGAUUGACCUGUGUGCUGUGUUGUCUUAUUGCGCUGAUAUUCGUCCAAGGGUCAGGGAAUUACUGGCUGGCGCUCUUUGACAAUUUCGCUGGUUCCAUCCCCCUACUCAUUAUUGCCUUCUGUGAGAUGGUUGGGGUGGUGUAUAUUUAUGGAAUAGAUAGGUUCAAUGAUGACCUGGUCUUCAUGAUCGGCCACAAGCCCAAUAUCUUCUGGCAGGCCACAUGGAGAGUUAUCAGCCCCCUCAUCAUGUUGGUCAUCUUCCUCUUCUAUUUUGUUACCACAGUCUCCAAGGAGCUCUUUUACAUCGCCUGGGACCCUGAAUCGCCAAACUUUCCUACUCUGGAGCAGAAGCCCUACUCAUCGUGGAUCUAUGUAAUAAUCUUUGUAUUGGCUGGGAUUCCUAGUCUUGCUGUACCUGGUGCUGCCAUUAUUAAGGCCAUACAGAAACGCUGCUGUAAAUGAAUGUUGGUGUCUAAAUAAAGAGCACCAUUCUUAAUUCAGUAAGCAAAUCUUAUGAAUGUGUCAGGGUGACAUAUAUAUUUUAAAAUUUUAUUUUUGG